UCGGCCCGGAUACCGCGCGUACGCGCGUGCAAUCAACUCCCGCGCACAACAAAAUAAUUACAAACGCGACAAAUAAUUACAACUGAUUACAACAUGGAUCCCGAAAAGAAAGAAAGUGCUGAAGUGAGCGUUGAUGACAUUUUGCAGUUACUAGGCCCUUUCGGCAGAUUUAACGUGUUCAACUACUUCUUUAUUCUUCUGCCUGUAUUCAUGGCUGGGAUGUAUUCUUCUGUAUACAAUUUUGAAAGCAUGGACCUGGAAUACAGGUGCGCAGUGCCGGAGUGCGACGACGACACUUUGGCCCUCAACUUCACGAUACCCCACAAGGAGGACGGUACUCCUCACAAGUGCCUCCGCUAUGCGCCUUACAGUAACUCAACGUACAACGAGAGCUACUGCUCUGAGCUGGACUUCGACACAUCGACUCAGAUCGAGUGCGACUCCUACGUGUAUUUGGAAGAACACUCUAUUGUUAAAGAGUUCAACCUGGCCUGUGUGGACUGGAAGCGAUCCCUGGUUGGUACCGUCCACAACGCUGGCUUCUUCAUCUCCAUACCGUUAACUGGACUGCUCUCCGACAAGUUCGGGCGGCGGCUCGCGCUCGUGUUCGCUUCGGUAGCGAGCGGCGUGUUCGGCCUAAUUCGCGCGCUCGCGGCGAAUUACAACAUGUUCGUCGUCUUCGAAUUUCUGGAACCAGCGUUUGGAGGCGGCGUUUAUACGGCCUGCUUUGUUUUGGCUUUAGAACUAGUCGGGCCCAAAGGAAGAGUCUUCGCUAGUCUGCUUUUCAACACCAUGUUCAUCCUUGGAGGAGUCACAGUCACAUUGUUGGCAUACUGGCUCAAGAACUGGAGGUACCUGCUUUUCGUCAUCUACACACCCUCGGUCUUUGUCUUCACCUACCUUUGGAUGCUAUCUGAGAGCUUCAGGUGGUAUUUCAGCAAAGGGAAGUACGAGGAGGGCCUAAAAGUCCUCAGAAGAUCGGAGAGGUUCAACAAUGUGACCGUACCUAAAGAUUAUUAUAACCAAGUCGAGAAGCAAGCUAUGAGGCAGAGAGAUGCAAGGAAAAGCGAGUCCAUGGAAAGUAACCAGUCCGCUUUUAAGCAACUGCUGACGUCACAAAUGAUAUGGAAAAGACUGUUCAUAUGUUCGUUCCUCUGGACGGCAUCCACUUUAGUCUACUAUGGCUUAUCCAUAAACGCCAUAGAACUGUCAGGGAAUAGCUAUUUGAACUACAUAGUGGUGAUCGUGAUUGAAGCCCCAGCAAAUGUCUGCAAAUUGAUAUUCUUGGACCGAUUUGGAAGGAAAAGGGUGAUUUCUACCGCCUUUUUCCUGGCUGGACUAAUUUUAAUUAACUACGGGUUUAUACCAGCUGGCAACUGGUCCAUAUUCUUUUAUCUGGGAGGCAAGUUCUUCAUAACGCUGGCAUACAAUUCGUUAUACGUUUUCGCUGCUGAGGUAUUCCCUACCAACUACAGGACGUCAUUGCUGGCCAUAUGCUCCACGAUUGGAAGGAUUGGGUCCACAGUCGCUCCACUCACUCCUUUGUUGGCGAGGUACUACGUGUAUCUACCAACCACACUCUUUGGCAUCAUGGCCGCCAUAUCCGCCUUCCUCGUACUCACUCUACCAGAGACAAACAACCUGAAACUCCCCGACUCUUUGAAAGAGGCCCAGGACCAGGACAGAAAGAAAAAGAAAGAAGACAAAAAAGAAGAAACGCAAGUCGAUAGAAAUGUAGAGAGUAAAACUAGUCUAUAAUGUUAUGUAAAUAGGUAGGUAUUGAAAUAAAAGUCAGUGAAAAUUGGUUAAUAAUGUUGCGCCAUUGCAUAGAUUGCAUAGUGUUGUCGGUUGAUAAGAAAAUAUCGAUAGAGGCAACUAGUAAGUAGGUAGAUAGUUUAUUAAAAAGACAAGCUUAAUGUUGACAUCUUGUGAAUGUAAUAGGUGUGUUU